CAGAUCCGAACCACUCUAGAUACAUCCCCGGAAAUGUUAAGGAGGGAAGCGCACACACCGCAGAUAAAGGUCGCAGAAAGUCUGAGCCAUCAAAGCACAUUCUGAAGCAUCUGGGUGAGAAAGUUUGCUUUCUAGAACAGAGAACAUGUACAGCACGAGACUUCAAAAGGAUUUAAGAGGCAGAAUAGUCAAUCCUCCUCUGGGAACCCAGAAAAAAGACGGAGCGUGGAGGUCUUGGAAGAAAUGGAAAAAGACCAUUCUGAAUCUGAAGAAGUUUAUGUUGCGCAUAUGGUCAACUCUUCUGAAAAUCCAUUAGAAGCUCCUCUUGAACCUUCUAAAGAAAUUGAGUCUGUAGAAGAAGAUAGGGAAACAGAUUCUGAUAUACAUGACCCUCUGGACAAUGGGGCAACUGAGAAUUCAGAAGACUCAAAAACAUUUAGUAGUGAGGAAGAUGAAGAAGAAGCAGUAGUGCAUGAGUCGACUAGCAUUCUUCCACCAUCUGUUUUAGAUCAAGCUAGUGUGAUUGCAGAGAGGUUUGUAAACAGCUUCUCUAGAAGGAGCAGCUUGGCUUUGGAGGACGGUAAAGUCAUUGGUCAUAUAACUCCCAAGCUAUCUAGCAGGAGCAGCAGUUUAAUAAACCUGGAUUGUACAGAAAAGAUUCCCUAUCCUAAUGGGAACCCUGAAUUUUCAGAAUCCCACAAAGAUGUCAAUGGGGGUGUUGAUGGGACAAACACAGAGACGAAGAUCAUCAAGGUUAAUUCUGUAGAAAAUGUGUUUGAGGAAAAAGAGAGAUCUACAUAUAAACGAAGAGAGUCUAUUCUCUCCUCCCAAGACAGGCAACUCAUUGACAAGAUUAAAACUUAUUAUGACAAGGCAGAGCAUCAAGAUGCAUCUUUUAGUAUCAAGCGUAGAGAAAGUUUGAGUUACAUUCCUGCUGGGUUGGUUAGAAACUCUGUCUUUAAGAUCAAUAGUUUGCCAAGACUUGACCAGGGUAAUUACACGAGGGAAAGAAUGGGCAGCAAUUCAAACGUUGGAGGUAGCAAGCCAGUUUCAUGGGAGGAUACUUCCAACCUUACCAGUAACCAAAGGGAAGCUAAUGGGUUCACAAACCAUACACAGCAUCCAGGUCCAGCACUGAAGAACGGUAUUUCAGAACAACCUGCACCAGUUUCUGAUGAAGAAUUUCAAUCCCCAAUAGAAAUGAUUAAAGUGUGGGAAGAAAUUGAAAAGCAGGGUAGGUGGAAUGAGAAAGCUGCCCAUGAAGCAAGAAAAGCCCCGACAGAAAUCUUAACCAGCCAUGAAGACAAAACCGAGAAUGAUUUAGAAUCUAAUGAACCUCUAAUAAUAGUGGAGGAGAGUGAUCUCAGUACCAUUACAGAGGAAUCCCAAACCCCGACACCAGAGGGCAUAACCACUGAACACCUUACUGAGCCCACCAAUAUUAUGGGCUUCAGUGAUCAGGACUACAAGACUCCAGUCAAGCUUCAUCCCUCAAUUCUGGAGCUUGCCAACUGUAUGGAGGAGGAUUUCUCAGAGAAAAUGAAGAAUAAAGUCUAUCAGCUGGCCAGACAGUACAGCCAAAGAAUUAAGUGCAAUAAGCCGGCUCCACACAGACGCCUGAGGGAGAUAGAGGAGGACAUUAGGAGGGGCAGCCUGCCGUCUGUACAGGAGGAAAAAGCUGAAGAGAAGUGCAAACUGAAGCCUGCAUUGUUCCUUCCCACCUAUGACCACAUUGUACUGCAAGAGCACAGUCCGAAAACUCCCACAUCUGCUUCUUAUAGUGAGAAAUCCCCCAAACGUUUAUCGUUUACCCUAGACAGCCCCCAGACAUCUUCCCCUGUAAGAUCUGACUGCAAAAGCCCCCUGAGUCCAGUGAAGACAGAGAAGUUUCAUUGGCCUGAUGUCCGAGAGCUGAGAUCUAGGUAUGCCAGUUCAACAGGGAGCAACAAAUCCCUUCCAGUGAACAGGAGCCUCUCUCUGCCUGACAAAAUGAUGGAGCGCAAUGGGGACCAUCCAUCCGACACAGAUAAAGAGGUGAUGAGCCAUUUAUGCAACAUGAAUAUGAAACACUCUAGCAGUGCAAAUGGUAUAGCUGAUGAAACAUGCUUUAGGCAAAGCAGCAGCUGAAGUUUUCAACAUAAAUGGAAAACUUGAGUCCUUUAAGAACAGCAAGAACUCUGGGCAAUCUGUAGCUGAUUGUUACUACAUCAGUGCCGAAGCUCCCCUGGAAAACAACAAAAAAGUCAUAGUUGUGGAGAAGUUUCCCUCCUAUGAACUGGAUAACGAUGACACCUACGUUCAUAUAAGAUCGCCUACCACACGAGAAAAAAUCUCAAUCAAAGCAGUGGUUGAGCGUUGUAAGGCGUACCAGGAGUCUGAGGAGUACAAGGCCAGGGAAGAGCUUUCAAGGGGCAACGGUUGUCUUGACUCUACACUUGAACAGUCCAAGCCAGAGGCACGACCUGCAACAAGCAGCGAUGUGGCCCAGAAAAGCAGAGUCAAAAAUCUAAGAGAGAAAUUCCAGAACUCAACCACUACAAAACACUCGGAGCAUCCAUAG